AUGUCUCUGCCCAGCACGGCAGAGCCUGUACCUAAGGUGAGGAUCGAUGAUGCCUCUUGAAUAGGCCUUUGAAGCACUUAUUAUUCACGAUGAGUUCCAACCACUUGUAAUUCAAGUAGAGUGGGCAGCUUUGUCCCACAGUUUUCCCAUUGUUUCUCACCAACAUACGUGCCCCCUAACUCAGGCUGUGCGGCGUGGAGGGCCUCUACUGACACUGGGAGGAGUGGAGAGAAAGAAAGAAAGAAAGAAAGAAAGAAAGAAAGAAAGAAAGAAAGAAAGAAAGAAAGAAAGAAAGAAAGAAAGAAAGAAAGAAAGAAAGAAAGAAAGAAAGAAAGAAAGAAAGAAAGAAAGAAAGAAAGAAAGUCUAUGUCCUGGCCGCAGCAUCCAAGAGGGGGAGGAAUGUGGAGGUCUUGGCUGGCUGCCAUGCUAUUCGGCUGAUGUCUCCGUCAGUAUGGGAGGCCCUUUGCUUUUCCCUUUACAGUGAAAUGUAACACAAGAUGGCAUACCCCCUACUUGUCAGCGAGUGAAAGAGGACCAAGGAGAGAAUGCACUUGUUGCAAAGGUCUCUGUAGCACCUGCGAUGAUACAGAGGUAGACCAGCGGAGCGUGGCGAGAAAGGGACACACGUGAGUAAUGACGGAUUAAAGAGUUAUGUCACAGCGUGAAACCCUGUGUCCACACAGCAUUCCCAGCCAAUGCAAAUUUCUCACAAUAGUCCCCUCGGCAGAAUGAAGGGAGAGGCAGAGGAGAGGAGUUUGACCGACAGCCGUUUGGCUAUGAGCCAGGAGGAACAGCGGCGCCCCUGCCAACUGUCAUUAUCCAUGGAGUGAAUUUACCACCAGAGUGCUGCCUCAUAGGCCUAAACCACAUACCUGUCCUGGAGUAAGUUGUCACAGUGGAGGAGCAGACUUUCUCUUUUUGUUUUGUUUUUCAGUAGAAUCUCUGGCCUCAUGGGGGAAUGGUUCCUCAGAGCAGGCAAACUGACUAGGGUGGGGUUAGGGAUACAGCCACUGUCUUGAUUGUGCGUCAGAGGGAAUGCUUUUAUAGAAAGGAAGGACUGGUGUGAUCUACUAUUGCAAAAUCGCAUUACUUUAACUUUAAUUAAUGUAUGAAGUAUUCCUCUCACCAUACUGAAUCACACACAUAAAAUAUGUGUUUCAUUUAAAGGAUUUUCUCAUAGCUUUUGUGAAGUACAGUAUGAGAUAAGGUACAAUCUGUCAUUGUCUUGUGUUCUUCUGACUACAGGCAAUCCUCCUCCCCAUAUGGUGGCAACAGGAGCUCUAGGUGGAGAAAGCACCUUUGAUCUUAAAGAGAGUGGCAGACAUACCGUAAAGGAGCAGUCAAGUUCAGGACCCCCACCCCAGGGAAGAAGACCUCAUAGUGCCCCUGUCUCUGGACUCAGGUACCCAGAACUAUAGUGUGUUUCCACCUCAUCUAUACCAUCCCCAAGUCCCAUCUACUGUAGUGUAGUGUAUUACUGCACAUAUGACCAUUACAUACUGUGUAGGAGGAGAUUAAUUCCAACAAUUUGAUUAGAUUUUACAAUACUAAAGAACAAAUCCUCGAAAUAUUAACUUAAUGUAAUAAAAUAAAUGUUAGGAUCAUUUUACAUUUUGACAUGACGUGUACAGUAGGCAUGGUGUGUGUGUAUGAAAGUUGUUUUAUUUCUCUAUAUUAUUUCCUGUCUUUAUUAAGAAUCAAAUCUGCUGGAAAGCUUCCCAUCUUCCUGCGCCAGCCACAAACAAUCAGAGUGAUUUCCUACAAGAAUGGAACAAGACAAACCUCUGCUAAAGUCACAGCUUCUGACAUUACCACUGUGAAGAUCCUCUCUACCUCAUUCACAAAUGUUUUCUUGAAAAGACUAAAACCUUGACAUUUUGUAGUUCUUCAAAGCCCCCUUGAAUCCUAAUGAUACUUGAUAUUUCAGCUUCUGGAGGAGUGCACAUCUAAACUGAAGCUGAACUCUGCAGCCAGAAGGAUAUUCCUGUCUGACGGUAUAGAGGUUUUUCUAGCUGAGGACCUGGCCAAUGACUCAGAGGUGUUCGUCUCAAUGGGAGAGGCCUUCCUGGAACCACAGAGAGAAAUACGAGGUAUGGAGCCGCAAGCUAAACCCACAGCACUGCUUUCAUCAAUAGGGGAGAGUGGUUAA